AUGAAUAUUAUCUUCGGUUUUCUUGCUUAUCAUCAUCUAUCAAAUCGAUUUAAAAAUUUUAUACUUGAUUGUGAUUGUGAACGAAAAAAAGAUCGAAAUUGGUAUGUUGAUACUACUGGUGAUGCAACAACUGAUGAAAUUAGUAGUUUAUAUCGAUCUAAUACAAUUAAUAUUUGGGUUUAUAUUACAAAAGUCAAUCGAGAAUCUUCAAGAUUUUAUAAUUUUCUUUAUUCAACAUCAAAUGAUAGUUGUGUUGUUCGUCCAUCAUAUAAAAUGUAUUCACUUAAUAUAUGGGAUUUCUAUUUAAGUGAAACAUUAGAAACAGGUUGUCCAUAUGAUCUUGAUAUAGCAUUAGCUGAACAUGAUAAACAUUUAAAUGAUGCUGAAUUACGACAACGUAGUAAAAGUAUAUCAACUGUUUAUGAUGAUAUUAGUCUUUGUUUACCAGAUNGACAAGUAGACGAAAUAGAAGAACAAACACAUUAG